UUUUCUAUUGGUAGCAAUAAAUGGUCUUUGUUCUCAUCUUUCACGCAGAUUGACGGAGUGAUAUUGAACCUUCCGGUUCAAAUGCAGGCUUUAGGAAUCACCAUUUAUCAACAUGGCUUUUAUACCGUUUUAAAAAUGGAGUUUGGUUUAAUAGUGAAUUAUGACCCAGGUCACAAUCUCUUUCUUACGCUUUCCCCUGAAUACCGAGGCCUGACUUGUGGUCUAUGUGGGAACUUCAAUGAACUCAUGGAAGAUGACUUUAUGAUGAGAAAUGGCUCAACUACAAAGGACAUACUGGACUUUGUCCUGAACUGGACAUCUGAAACGAAUCUUGCUGAUACUGGAGAAUCGGCUGCCUUUAUCCCAGCGUUGGAACAAGGAGAACACCUCCCUCAUUUUAAAGCUCUUUGCGGGAUCAUCCAGGAUCCAGACGGGCCGUUUGCUUCUUGCCAUUUCCAAGUUGAUCCCUUGUCCUUCUUCACAGGCUGCAUUUUUGACCUGCAUGCUUCCUCUGGAGACCGUAGCAGCCUAUGUCACUCUGUUCAGAUAUAUGUUGCAGCUUGUCAGAGGGCCAAUGUCACCGUCUCACCUUGGAGGACGGAAGACUUCUGUGGCCUCGAUUGCCAGACCAACAGCCGCUAUGAACUCUGUGGGGUUCCCUGCCAGGAGGUCUGCUCGCAUAUUUGGGUCAAGCUUCAUUGCCUUCCCACGUGCUCAGAAGGAUGCUUCUGUGACCAAGGAUAUUUACGCAGUGGGGACAGUUGCAUUCCAGAACAGCAGUGUGGCUGCAUAUACAAUGGGCUGAAUUAUAAGGUACAACCUUAGAUCCUGACCAGGUGACACCGUAUAAUAUUGGGUGACUGCCAUGGCAUAAAGUCUCUCCUGAACUUCCCUUAGUUUUGACCUAGAAUACUAAUCACCCUCCAUUUAAACUUCCAGCUGUGAUCUUCAAAGAAGCUACCUUGGGGAUACCAUGAUAGCUAUCCUGCCCAUUGAUAUUCUAUUAGAAACUAGAACCACAAACAUCAAAGAAGGUCUAAGAAACCCAUGGUAACCCAUGGUAACCCAUGGUAACCCAUGGCAGCCACUGAACUUGGCUUGUCGACUUGGUUAGGACACUGUCCUCUCAACUUCCUUGAAUUUUGAUGUCAACUCGCAAAGCAUUCCUGGCCUGCUCUUGAGUUGCCAUAAGCAAGGGGGGUGAUGGGAAACCGAUGAAAUGGCACAGCAGCCAAAGACAGAUGCACAUUCCAGACUUAUCUCUCUCAAGGCUGUAUCCCAGGGUUACCCACAGCGGCCAGAGGGGAGUGGUUUCUACAAUCCACGAAAUUGCUCCAUUGGCGAUGUGAUUGAUGA